AGCGAGUGGGGCGGGAAAGACCGGGAAAACCGGGAGGAGCUGCGGGACGAACGCGCCUGGUACCUGGUUGCCCGCGAGCCGGGCGCCGGCCCCGUCGCCUUCUCCCAUUUCCGCUUCGACGUGGAGUGCGGUGACGAGGUCCUGUACUGCUACGAGGUGCAGCUGGAGAGCCGGGUGCGGCGGCGGGGGCUGGGCAAGUUCCUGCUGCAGAUCCUGCAGCUGGUGGCCAACAGCACGCAGAUGAAGAAGGUGAUGCUGACGGUCUUCAAGCACAACCACGGCGCCUACCAGUUCUUCCGG